UCUUUCUUCUUUCGUCUCCAGUCUCCCGCAGUGAAACAUGGCCGCCAACAAGGAACAAACUUUCAUCGCUGUCAAGCCUGAUGGCGUCCAGCGCGGUCUGGUUGGCGAGAUCAUAAAGCGUUUCGAACAGAAGGGGUUCCGCCUGGUGGCCAUGAAGAUGCAGCUGGCACCCAAAGAUCUUCUGCAGCAGCACUACAUCGACCUUAAGGAUCGUCCCUUCUACAGCGGACUGGUGGAGUACAUGCACUCCGGGCCUGUGGUCGCCAUGGCCUGGGAAGGGUUAAACGUGGUGAAGACCGGCCGUGUAAUGCUGGGCGAGACCAACCCUGCCGACUCCAAGCCCGGAACCAUCCGGGGAGACUUCUGUAUCCAGGUUGGCAGGAACAUCAUCCAUGGCAGUGACUCUGUGGAGAGUGCCAAGAAGGAGAUCGCCUUGUGGUUCAAGCCUGAGGAGCUGACCGACUACACAAGCUGUGCCUACAAGUGGGUGUACGAGAACUGAGCGCCCCCGUCUGACCAUCACCGCCAUUACAACUGGAUUGUUCCGUUACUUUAAGUAUUACACCCAGAGGCCGCGAUCCUGUGAUCUGCUACGGCCGGGACCAAUGCAACAUAAUAAUAAAAACCUACAACCUGGUUUGCACAAUG